UUGACUCGCUUCCCUUCAUGUAAGCUGCAUUGAUGGUAGGAAAUUUUCAUCUACAACAGUGAGAGAAUGUCAGACUUCGAGCAAUUUGAGAUAGACUUUUACCAGUCAAACUAUAAUGUCAGUGAUCAAAACCAAGAUUACAGUGGGCGUGGAACCACUGGAAGUGUUCAUGGAAGCAAAAGGGGUCAAACAGGGGAUGCGCUACAAUCAAAUGCAUCCACUCAUCCAGAAAUGCAUUCAUUAUCUCAGCCAUACACAGGCCAGAUUUUUCAGCCAGCAAAUGCUUCUGAAUUUCCAUCUGAUAACACUUAUCCUGACAGCUUUGAUGAAGAACCUCCUUUGCUUGAAGAACUAGGGAUCAACUUUGAUCACAUCUGGCAAAAAACAUUAACAGUUCUGAACCCAAUUAAACCAGCAGAUGGCAGCAUUAUGAAUGAGACUGACUUGACGGGGCCGAUGGUUUUCUGCUUGGGCCUGGGAGCCACUUUGCUGCUGGCAGGAAAAGUUCACUUUGGUUAUGUGUAUGGCAUGAGUGCUACGGGAUGCAUCGCAAUCCAUGCUUUGUUGAACCUGAUGAGCAUAGCAAGUGUUUCAUAUGGAUGCGUGGCCAGUGUACUAGGCUACUGCCUGCUGCCGAUGGUGAUCCUGUCCAGCUAUGCAGUGUUUUUCUCCCUACAGGGGAUUCUAGGAACUCUGCUAGCGCUGAUCAUUAUUGGAUGGUGCAGCCUCUCCGCCUCCAAAAUAUUCACUUCCGCGUUGGCGAUGGAAGGCCAGCAGCUUCUGGUAGCCUACCCCUGUGCUUUACUCUAUGGCCUGUUUGCACUUAUGACUGUUUUCUGAGCUGCAUUUUCUAGCUAUUGUACCUCGUCUACAUAUCAAAUUGCAUGAUUGAAAACCAGUUAUAGGAAAUCUUUUAGUGUUGUUGCAGAGAAAUGGUCAAAUUAAAGCAAGGGAUGCAGAGGUGCAGAAGAAUGGGGGUUAUGCCAAUUUACUUUCCCUAAAUCAGAUGGCUGGACUAAGAGAGAGGGAGAGAGAGAAGCUUAGGUAAACCAAGACUGAAUUUGUUGGUCAACAAACUCUGACUUCCUCAGACUCAAAUCUCCCCUCUAUGCCAAUGACUCAGCUAAUGGAACCCUAUGGGAUGAUUAUAAAGAUUACAAAUGCUCAGAAGUUGCUUCCAAAAAAGAAAAUGCUGUGAGUAUAUAAUGCCUUAGCUGUAAGUAGGGGUAUAUGCUGUUUGUGGGAAAGAAUGUAGCAGAUAAAUGAGUCAAGAGCACUCACAUCAGUUGUUGCAUUGUGGCUCAGUUCAGACAUUAUACAAAAGUAGCAACAAAGCCCACUGUGAGAAAAAAUACAACAGGCUCUAUAAAGGGGAGGGUGGGCAGGCAGACAUUGCCUCCUCCUCCAUGCCUGAUCCCAGUUGGGUGAUGGCGGGAGGUGGGAAUUGCCAACUGUUCCCCUCUUGAUCCUGGCUAGGUGAAGUUGGGGGGGGGCAUUGCCACCUAAUCUACACCUUCACCUGGCUGGGUGAAGGAGGUGGGCAUUGCUGCCAUCUGUGCUCUUGAUCCCAGCUGGGUGAAGGCAUGGGUGGGCAUUGCUAUCUGCUCAUCUCCUGAUCCUGGCCUGGUGCAGACAGGGAGCGGGCAUUGCCACCUGAUCCACUCCCAAUCCCAGCCGGAUGAAGGCGGGGAGUGGGCAUUGCCACCUGCUCUGUGCCUGAUCCUGAUCAGGUGAAGGCAGGCGGUGGGCAUUGCCACCUUCUCUGCUCCUGAUCCCAGCCACCUGAUCCAUUGCCACCUGCUCCAAGCCUGAUUCUGGCAGAGUGAAGGUGGGUGGGCAUUGCUGCCUGCUCUGCUCCUGCUCCUGACCGGGUAGAGGGGGGAGCAGGCAUUGCCACCUGCUCUGCUCCUGAUCCCGGCUGUGUGAAGGCAGGGAGUGGUCAUUGUCACCUGCUCCAAGCCUGAUUCUGGCAGAGUGAAGGAGGGCGGGCAUUACUGCCUGCUCUGCUCCUGAUCCUGACUGGGUAGAGGGGGGAGCAGGCAUUGCCACCUGCUCCGCUCCUGAUCUCAGCCUGGGUUUCCUGCUGCAGCAGCGCUCUCUGCUGGUGCAUCAAGGUAGGAAGUGAGUUAUCUAGAAUACACUUACUCUUUUAUAUAGUAAGAUCAUGUUUUAUUCUUUGGUUAGUUUGCGAAGCCAGCCUGUAUAUUUCCAGGUGUGGUUUAACAAAUGCUGAGUUCAUCACCUACACUCUUUCUCUUACCUCCCCAAUAGAGAUCUGGCUACUAUCCUGGCCAGCCCUGCAGUGAUGGGAACAAGUCAGGUUCUCUGUAUUAGCACACUACAUAAAACCAUAGUUAAGACUGACUGUGGUUGCCAUCAGUGCCAUCCUAAGCAGAGUUACACCUUUCUACGUUCAUUGAAGUCAGUGAGUUUAGAAGGGUAUAACAGUGCUUAGGUCUGCACUUUAAACCAACCUCAGGCCAUGGUUUCUCUAAUCACAGUUAGUGGAUUGAUGGACAUACCAAUAAUUAGCUAACCAUGGUUUAAUGAAGCCAUGUUUUUACAUGAUGCCUGAAGCAAGCCCCUGUGUGUGAAUAUUGAUGGUGCAUGAGAGAGCGAAAGAGAGAGAGGUGUCAACAGUGUGACCCUAAUUGUGAAAGUAAAGUGAGUGGGAAUUGUAGAUGAAAGUGGUACUGUGUGAGAGCAUUAAACAGUCAAAAGAAGGUCUAACAUGGAAGGAAGCUUAUAUGUGCGAAUGCGUGCUGUGCGCCACUCAACCAAGUCACAUCUUAAUGCUUUCUGUUUCUCCCCCACCCAGUAAUGCAUUAAACUCCAUUAACAAAAUUAGAUUAUAUGAUUUACAUUUUAUUUGUUUAAUGGAUGAAAAUGAAAUAACACCAGGAAGAGAAUGUUAAUAAUUGCACAGCAAAAGCAUUAAGCGAUGAAUGUUUCCUUUUAAAAGCAUUUUACUGAGUGAACUGUAAAAAAAGCUAUAUAAAGUACUUGAAUUUUUUUUUGAAAAAAACAUUAAAAAGCACACCUUGCUUUUUGUAUCAUUUGGAUACGAAAUGUGAAUGCGUGAGGUUUUCCGUUCUGCAGUUCUAGAUGCCAUUGCUGUUUUCAUACAGGUUAUUUGCCCUGGGUGCAAUGCUGCUAAGAAGCAGGGUAUUUUGCUUGUUUCCCCACAGCAUUCAUGCAUUUCCAGGGUUUCCUCCACCUUUUCUCUGAUAUUUCCCAAACCCUUUUUUGUUGUGUAGUUUUGGGAACCUGGAUGGCUGUUCUGUGGGUGGGAAACUUUGGAUUUCCCAGUCUCUCCUACACGACAGCCCUUUCUACUGAGUUGGGGUCUUUUUUAUCAGCAAUUUAUUAUCAAUAUAUCAUUACGUUAUACCUUUUCUUUCCUUUUUCCUUUAGAAUCUCCUUGAUAGGUAGAUCUUGAGCAGUGGAGUUAUUUCAACCUAUUGCUUAAGGAACAUAAAGACCGAUAUAAAUUUUGCAACUGCCAGCGUAACUUUAGGAUCCCCGUGACUCAAUAAAAAGGCACUACCUCAGACGCAGAUACUCCAGGCCAAUCAGAUAAAAGAGGAAUAAUAUAACACAAUUGAAGAUCCUCAAAAAAGGGACAAUCCAAUAACAUGCUCUAAAGAAUCCAUUGAACAAGAGGGACACAAAGAGAUGCUUGCUGGGUAAGAUAAUGUAACAUAUCUGCACAGGGCUUUUUUUCUGGGGAAAGAGGUGGUGGA